CGUAAUUAUCGUUAGUGUUUCCAUAAGUCGACGGAAUGGAAGAAACUCACGGCCCUGGAAGGGGGUGCUUCGUAUAAAUGGACACAUGUGACAAUUAAAACGACAGUCUGAAAUCGUUCUCCGCUUAAUCCGUCGGCUCCGUUCCCAACGAGGCGCGUGAAACCGAGUGUCCUAAUUAAUUAAUCGGUCAGAGUACCUCCGCGUCUUCUUCGAUUCCGGCAGGAUCAUCCCGAGCGAGCAGUUCGAUCUGUCGAUCGCUAGAAAAUCCGAGCAUAUAUGCGUUACAUCAGGAAGACCAGCAGCAAGAUCAUUCAGCUGCAAUUUCGUACCUUUUUACCAGCCACAGACCAUCAUUAGCACCUCAAAGGCUCAUUUUCGUAUCUUUUCUUCGACCCCUUCUCGUUUUCUUCUUGCUGUUCCUUGGACCAGGACUGGGACCGCGAUUGGACAAUCUAAGAUUUGUGAAGAGUCCCUGAGGGAUGAAAUCGCGUUUCCUGAUACUGUUCUUCUUUCUGGCCGUCUCUUCGGCAGAACAGCGGUCGUUUGAAGAUACAGAUGAAAAAUGCACGCAGGAACAUCCGGUUCUUCUUUACUACUUUUCAUGGGCCGACUAUACGGUGCUGGCCGCCAUGUUGAUAAUUUCGUGCCUGAUCGGUACUUUCUACGGCUUUUUCGCCAAAAAGCAAGAGACCAGCCAGGACUUCCUACUCGGUGGCUCAAGCAUGGGGACGUUCCCUAUGGCGAUGUCCCUGGCCGCAAGUUUCAUCACGGCUAUUGAGCUACUGGGCAAUCCUGCGGAGAUGUACGAACAGGGUACCCAAUUUUGGAUGACUUGCCUAGCUUUUAUCCUCGUCGUACCUGUUACUUCCUGUCUGUACUUGCCGGUUUACAUGAAAUUAAGGCUAACCUCGAGUUACGAGUAUCUGAAUCUUCGCUUCCACCGCUACUGUAGACUACUCGCCGGUGGUCUCUACAUGCUGCAGAUGAUUCUCUACACAUCUGUUGCUGUAUAUGCGCCAGCGUUAGCUUUAAGUCACGUUACGGGCCUCAAUACUUACAUAGCCGUCACUCUAGUCUACGUAGUCUGUAUCUUCUACGCCUCACAGGGUGGAAUGAAGGCCGUCAUAAUGACGGACACUUUCCAAGCAGUUGUGCUGCUCGGUUCCCUCUUUCUAAUUGUUGGGUACGGUCUAUUCUGGGCAGGAGGACUCUCCUUAGUAUGGCAAGUGAACGAUCAGUCUGGAAGAAUGGAGUUCUUCAACAUGGACCCUAGUCCAACCGUCCGUCAUAGCUUCUGGAGCGUUGUAGUUGGUGGUACUAUCUAUUGGACCACUAUGUUCUGCAGCAAUCAGGCUUCCGUCCAAAAAUACCUCAGUGUUAAGAGCAUUGGUCAAGCCAGAACGGCCCUAUGGGUAUCCGCAUUUGGCAUGAUUAUAAUAUACACCAUAAACUUCCUGACCGGUAUGGUGCUCUACAGCACUUACAAAGACUGUGAUCCUCUACUAGCUGGUCACAUAAGUGGCCAGGACCAGCUGUUACCACUCUAUGUAAUGAAUUUCCUGGGAAAUCUCAAAGGGAUGCCUGGUUUCUUCGUUGCUGGAAUUUUCGCCGCUUCUUUAGGAACCGUGGCAAGUGCCCUAAAUUCAUUGGCGGCUAUAACCUGCGAAGAUGUCUUCCAAGGGUUGUUGAAGAUAGAAAUGCCACCCAGAAAGGGCGCAAUUUAUGCUAGGUGGAUUAGUAUCUUCUUUGGGGCGCUUAGCUUCGCUUUGAUCUUUGUCGUAGAACGCCUUGGUAGUGUUCUUCAGGUUGCACUAUCGUUUAAUGGCAUGGUCGGUGGUAUUACAUUAGGAUUAUUCUCUUUGGGAAUGUUCAUUCCAUGGGCGAACGCCAAAGGAGCAAUUACGGGAGCUAUCACGAGUUUGAUAAUCAUCUUGUGGAUUGGACUGGGGGCCCAAAUCGCUGUUCUAAAUGGUCAAAUUUACCUGGAUAGCAAACCUGUGUCAGUGAAUGCUUGUUCUUGCAUCAACACCACAGCCAUAACUAUCAACCACUCAAAUGGGAAUGACAAUGAGACUUUUUCCAUAUAUAAAAUCAGUUAUUUGUGGUACAGUGCAAUAGGCUGCAUCCUGACGAUGUUGAUCGGUGUGGUGGUGAGCUUUUUCACAGGAUUUCAAAAUCCAGCUGACCUCGAUCCCGACCUUCUGAGUCCACCUAUUGUUUCUUUGAUUUAUACACAGACAAAAUCUCGUGUGAACAAUGUCCACGGUAUCGCAAACCUUGGCCUGGAAUUAAACGAUGAGAAAUCCCAGAUGGAAAACUCCAAAAGUCUUAAGAACUAAAGAAUAGUA